CGAGCCAUGAUUUUCAGGCCUGACUGAAGCCCCAACUGUGACGCUCGGAGAACUCAAGACAUCGCAACCGCCCCGAACCAGCCAUAACCACAAUAAUACGCCGUUGACCACACACCCGGCCGAUCGCGAAAAUGGGCAUCUGGGACGUAUUUACCGAUAUCGCCGACGCGGUCAAGCCGUGGAGCGAGGUCGAGGCAGAGGCGCCCGCCGCCGCCGAGGAGAAGCCCGAGGAGACCACCAGCUCCAAGGACGAGCCCGCCGAGGAGGAAGACGAGGAAGAGGAGGAAGAAGAGGAAGAGGAGGAGGUCCUUGACCCCAAGGAGCGUCUUGAGGAGGAGUGCAAGAACUCCAAGCAGUGCUCUCCUGCCAAGCACCACUUUGACGAGUGCGUCGAGAGGGUCACCAACAGCUCUAGCAGCGACUCCGAGGAGAAGGAAGACUGCGUCGAGGAGUUCUUCCACCUUGCCCACUGCGCCACUCAGUGCGCUGCGCCGAAGCUGUGGUCUGUCCUCAAAUAAACCGAUAUAGCGACUGCCGCUACAUGUCUGCGUGUUGGAGAGGGGUUGCGGGUGAGGAACCAAACGGUUGCCUCCCGCCCGGACACACAAAGGCUGUACAAGACGAAAACGAAACAGGACCGGAGGACCAAGUAACGCCUAUACGACGACAUGGGGUUUCCGACAGCUCUUUGGCCAACUCUGCCUCGGCCGGUUGAGAGGGGCUGGAGGGCGGCGUGUUCAUUCUUAUUCUCUUGUGUACCAUAGAGCAGCCAACUGCAUCAUCUCAAAAAUAUUAGACUUGGAAUGGCGCUCAGAUCCCAGCUCGAUAUGAAAGA